GCGGGGCCGAUUCAAGUGCCUCCUGCUCGUGUGCCCUCUCUCCAUCUCUCCACUAUGCGGAAGCUGCACGUCGGCGGUUCGUUGUUCGACCCAGUGCAGAAAGUAUGCACGCGGGCCCCGUGCACACGGGCCAGACGUCGUUUUCCACACAGUUUGGAGGCGGGUAUGGCAUGCCUUCUCCGCACAUGUUCCCGGGCGGCGGUGGAUAUGGCAUUGCUCCGCACGUGUACCCCACGCAGCACACUAUGGAAAGGGGCGGAGUGAUGAGGGACGAUUGGCAGUGGUCCCCUCAGUGCCGACAACCGUCGCAGCCCAUGCAUGGCGGGUUGUCCGCUCCCUCGCCCAUAUCAGUGACGCGGUCUGCUGCCAAGCCGUCACCUUCGAUGGCAGAUGUGCAAGGAGAGGAUAUGGACGAGGGGUGGCGUGUCCACAGCAGAACUUCAUCGCCUGCCGGCUUGCAAGGUCCUUCCUUGGGUGGCGAGGAAGAUGACUUGGUUGGCGACGAUGAAGUCGAAUGUGAUGGCGGUGACAUUGAUGGGCAAAACUCUGACAACGCACAGGAGGAUAGGGACAGUGCUAGUGCUGGGCAGAGAGAUGGGGGCGAGAAUGUGGGCGGCCCCCAAAGCGGCAAGCGUGCAAACAAGCGGGGGGGCAAAGAUGGUGCUUCGAAAAACAAGAAGCAAAACAUCGCCUGGACCUUGGAUGAGAGGAUCACGCUAUCCAGAUUGAUGGCCGAGGAUGACGCCCUUAUGGCCGACGCUGACGGGCAGCAUCGGUUCAAGAGGAGUAAGGACCAAUAUGAGUGGGUGCACGAUCGAAUGGCGGAGCAGGGGUUUCCGCACAGGUCGGUGGAGGAUUGUCGUAAGAAGUGGCAGGGCAUGCUGGUGGCGGCGAAGUUGAUUCUCGACAAGUGUGAGAAUGCUUCGGGGAAACCUUCGUACUGGGACAUGACCCUUGAGGAGCGGAAGGUGGAGGAGGUGCCACUUGGCUUUGAGAAAGCUCUGUGGGAAGCGAUGGAGUGGAAACUCAAUCGGCCAUCCAUCAAGUGUAACAAGACGCUGGCCAGGAUGGACGACACAAUGAGCGGUGGGACAACAUUGAGUAGGGCGAUGGAGGACGCGACACGGUCGUACGGCGAGGGUUUGGACAAGGCCGCUGCCACUCUGGCGAAGGCAACGUCGGAGGCAGGCUCGGCGAUUGCGGCGAAGAUCGGUGACGUGGCAGACGCAAUGCGUGGCGGGAACACUGUCCUUGAGAUGCUGGUGGGGUUUCUCGCAAGGCGCGGAGGUGGGGAAAACAGUGCUGCAUACGACAGGGCCGAUACAGACCCCUCGGCGCGCUAGACUUCCUAUAUAUAUAUAUAUAUAAUGGCGAAGAUGGGUGUCGGCUGUCAUUUCCCCGUCGCGA